GCUCCGGAUUUUGCCUCUCGCCCGCCGAAGAAAGCGCCAAGGAGGGCAGGAGCAGCAGCAGCAGCGGCGGCGCAAUUGCGCGAUCGCCCUUCGCAGGCAGACUCGUCCGCUUGGGGUUCCCGGUCCCCCAAAGACUCCGGGCGGCUCUUCUCUCUUUUUGGCGGGGGGGAAGCGGCGUUUCCGCUCCCGGGAUCAAGCAAAGGCGGCGGCGGCGGAGGAGGACUGCGUGGCUUUGCCUUUGGUCCAAGCAGGGCCGAGUCCGUUCCUGGGAUUUCUCGGCCGGCCGAGCGGGAAGGAAGCAAGGAAAGCAGGCAGGCGCAGGACCCGGUGCGCCCCCCUCUCCGCCCGCUCUCCCCCUCCCCAGCCAGCCCAGCCUCGGGGCCCCCUUUUUCUUUAGCCCCAGCGGGGCCGGGAAGCCAAGCCAACAUGGAGGUGGAAGAUGCGGAUUGCUCGCUGCGGCGCCUUCCGUGCGGGCUCCUUUUGGAGGAAGAGAGUAGGCGAGGCUGAGCUGCUUCCCCCGGCCUCUCGUCGUCGUAGCUGGAGGAGGAAGAAGAGGAAGAGGCGGCGGCUGCGGCUCCGGAGCCUCCUCGAAGAGCCCCCCAAACCAGGCCCGGACCUUCCCCCCUUUCCCCCACGCUCUCCGUUCUCCCCCUCCCCUCCAAAGUGGGCCCAGAAUUUCUGCCCCUCUCCAAAAAACGCAGCCGCCUCUCCGGAGCGCCCUGGGACGCUCCCCUCCCUCUCUCCCCUUUUACAAGGCCCCCCCUUCCUCCCUUGGCGGGUGGGCUUGUUUUUUUUGGCAAGGGGAGGGGUUUAAAACCUGCCCCCCCUUCCAGGAUUCGGAUUUUUGGCUUGUCCCGGGAAAGGGGCGAAGAGCGAGAAGAGGACUCGGAUUGCGAGGAUUAUUAUUUUUAUAAAUAUUAUUAUUUUUAUUAUUGUUUUUGCCAAGGCCGUUUUGAUCCCCACUACGACCCGCCAAACAGAGGAAUGACGCCUGGCGUCGGAGGGGGGUCCCUGGCCUUGGUGAGGAGGGGGCUCCUGCUGCUCUGCAUCGCGCUCUGCCUGCGGCCAACAAAUGGAGAAAUUUGUGGGCCAAACAUCGACAUACGCAACAGUAUGGAGGAACUGAAGCAGCUGGAGAACUGCACAGUGGUGGAAGGGUAUCUCCAGAUUUUGUUGAUCAACCAAGGAGAGGACUUCAGCAACUUCCGCUUCCCCAAGCUCACCAUGAUCACCGAGUAUUUGUUGCUUUUCCGUGUGGCUGGCCUGGAGACCCUCAGCGACCUCUUUCCAAACCUGACGGUGAUUCGGGGCAACAGGCUUUUCUACAACUACGCCUUGGUCAUCUUCGAGAUGACCAACCUCAAGGAAAUUGGGCUGUACAACUUGAGGAACAUUACUCGGGGAGCCAUCCGGAUCGAGAAGAAUACUGACCUCUGUUACCUGUCCACGGUGGACUGGUCUCUGAUCUUGGAUGCUGUUUUCAAUAACUACAUUAUAGGAAAUAAAUCGCCAAAAGAAUGUGGGGAUUUGUGUCCAGGAACGAUGGAGGAGAAGCCGCUGUGUGAGAAGACUUCCAUAAAUAAUGAAUACAGCUUCCGCUGCUGGACUUCCAACCACUGCCAGAAAACCUGUCCCAGUUCCUGUGGCAAACAUGCCUGCACAGACCAGAAUGAAUGCUGUCACCCCGAAUGCUUGGGCAGCUGCACCGCACCCCACAACAGCUCGGCCUGUGUGGCCUGUCGCAACUACUACCAUGACGGCACCUGCGUUCCUACCUGCCCACCCAACACCUACAAGUUUGAGGGCUGGCGUUGCAUUACCAAGCAGAAGUGUUUCAACACUUCCUCGGAGCUACUUGGGGAAGAUGACAGAUUUGUGAUCCAUGAGGAUGAGUGUGUGCAAGAGUGUCCUCCAGGAUUUGUGCGCAAUGAUACACAAAGCAUGUUCUGCAGCCCUUGUGAGGGGCCCUGCCCCAAAGUGUGUGCAGAUGACAAAAUCAUGACCAUUGACUCCGUCACGUCAGCACAGACGCUCCAGGGAUGCACCGAAAUUAGAGGGAACCUUCUUAUCAACAUCCGCCGUGGGAACAAUAUCGCCUCUGAGCUGGAAGACUUCAUGGGGUUGAUAGAAACGGUGACUGGAUAUGUGAAGAUCCGGCAUUCUCAUGCUUUGGUGUCCUUGUCGUUUUUGAAGAACCUGCGAUAUAUCAACGGAGAGGAACAACUGGAGGGGAAUUACUCGUUUUAUGUGCUGGACAACCAAAACUUGCAGCAACUGUGGGACUGGAGCCACCAUAACCUGACCAUCAAAGAAGGGAAAAUGUACUUUGCUUUUAAUCCCAAAUUGUGCGUUUCGGAGAUUUACCAAAUGGAGGAGGUGACUGGAACCAAAGAUCGAAAAAAUAAAGGCGACAUCAAUCCGAGGAACAACGGAGAGAAAGCAUCCUGUGAAAGUCACAUUCUGAUCGUUUCCAACACUACAAUGAAAAGGAUCAAACUGACAUGGGAACAGUAUCGGCCUAAAGAUUACAGAGAUUUGAUUAGCUUCACCGUCUUUACAAAGAAGCGUGAGGUAUCCACAACUACAGCCUUCAAGAAUGUGACAGAAUAUGAUGGGCAGGACGCUUGUGGUUCUAACAGCUGGAACAUGGUCGAUGUGGACCUGCCUUCAAAUAAAGACGACAAUCCAGGGAUUUUACUGCAGCCGCUGAAACCGUGGACCCAAUAUGCAAUUUAUGUCAAAGCCGUCAUGCUCACUAUGAUGGAGAACUACCACCCUCAUGGAGCGAAGAGUGAGAUUGUCUACAUCCGCACUAAGGCUGCAGUGCCGUCCAUCCCUCUGGAUGUCAUCUCGGCCUCCAACUCCUCCUCACAGCUGAUUGUGAAAUGGAACCCUCCGACUUACCCCAAUGGCAACCUGUCCUACUAUAUUGUAAGGUGGCAGCAGCAGCCUCAGGAUAGUUACCUGUACAGGCACAACUACUGCUCGAAAGAUAAAGUCCCAAUUCGGAGAUACGCUGAUGGGACCAUAGAUACUGAAGAAUCCACGGAACCCACCAAGUCGGAGGGGUCUGCUGGGGAGAAAGGGCCUUGCUGCACCUGUCCAAAGACUGAAGCAGAGAAGCAGGCCGAUAAGGAGGAAGCCGAGUACCGGAAGGUCUUUGAGAAUUUCCUCCACAACGCCAUCUUUUUGCCCAGACCUGAUCGGAAGAGGAGGGAUUUGUUCCGCGUCGCAAACACAACAUUUGCUGGUAAGAACAAGACCGGGAUCGCUCCAGAACAUCCAAGCAACGGGACCGAGGUGGAGGAGGGUGAGAUGGAGUUUCCCUUCUACGAAGCGAAGGUGGAGGGAAAGGAACGGACCCUCAUCUCCCAGCUCCUGCCUUUCACCCUUUAUCGGAUUGACAUCCAUAGUUGCAACCAUGAAGCAGCACGCCUGGGCUGCAGCGCUUCAAACUUUGUCUUCGCCCGGACAAUGCCAGCAGAAGGGGCUGAUAACAUUCCAGGAAGUGUAACGUGGGAAGGGAAGGAGGAAAACACCAUAUAUCUGAAGUGGCCCGAGCCGGUUAACCCCAAUGGGUUGGUUUUGAUGUAUGAAAUCAAAUAUGGACAAAAUGGAGAGGAGAAACGGGAAUGCGUUUCCAGGCAAGAAUAUAAGAAACUUGCUGGAGCCAAACUGACUCAUUUGAACCCGGGAAACUACACGGUUAGAGUGCAGGCCACUUCGCUCGCUGGGAACGGAUCCUGGACGGAGCCCAUUUCGUUCUACGUCCAACCUAAACCAGCAGACUACGGAAAUUUCUUGCAUCUGAUCAUUGUGCUGCCCAUUGCAGUCCUGCUGAUCAUCGGUGGGCUCCUCAUCAUGCUUUACGUCUGCAACAAGAAGAGGAACAGCGAUAGGCUUGGAAACGGAGUGCUUUAUGCUUCUGUGAAUCCUGAAUAUUUCAGCGCUUCAGAUGUGUACGUGCCAGAUGAGUGGGAAGUGCCCAGAGAAAAGAUUACGAUGUGCCGGGAACUUGGACAAGGCUCCUUCGGCAUGGUCUACGAGGGAGUAGCCAAAGGGGUUGUGAAAGAUGAGCCAGAAACCAGGGUGGCCAUCAAGACCGUCAACGAAUCGGCAAGCAUGAGGGAGCGGAUCGAGUUUCUGAACGAAGCUUCGGUGAUGAAGGAGUUCAACUGCCACCACGUUGUUCGGCUCCUUGGCGUUGUCUCUCAAGGUCAGCCCACUUUGGUUAUCAUGGAACUCAUGACCCGUGGAGAUCUGAAGAGCUACUUGCGGUCUCUCCGCCCAGACACGGAAAACAACCCUGUUCAGAAUCCUCCACCAUUAAAGAAGAUGAUUCAGAUGGCUGGGGAGAUUGCAGAUGGCAUGGCUUAUCUCAACGCCAACAAGUUUGUUCACAGAGAUCUAGCUGCCAGGAACUGCAUGGUGGCAGAGGACUUCACUGUGAAGAUCGGAGAUUUUGGCAUGACGAGGGAUAUCUACGAGACUGAUUACUACCGGAAAGGUGGAAAGGGACUUUUGCCGGUCCGCUGGAUGUCCCCAGAAUCGCUGAAGGACGGCGUGUUCACCACCCACUCGGAUGUCUGGUCUUUCGGUGUUGUUUUGUGGGAAAUUGCCACCUUAGCAGAGCAGCCUUACCAAGGCAUGUCCAAUGAACAAGUUCUACGUUUUGUGAUGGAGGGAGGCCUCCUGGAAAAGCCGGACAACUGCCCAGACAUGCUCUUCGAACUGAUGCGCAUGUGCUGGCAGUACAACCCCAAGAUGCGCCCUUCUUUCCUGGAGAUCAUCGGCAGCAUCAAGGACGAGCUGGACCCAGCCUUCAAAGAGGUCUCCUUCUUCUACAGCGACGAGAACAAGCCUCCCGACACGGAGGAGCUUGACCUGGAGACAGAGAACAUGGAGAGCAUUCCUUUAGACCCUUCCUCUACCCUCCAGCCUUCUGACAAACACUCAGGACACAAAGCCGAGAAUGGCCCAGGCGUCAUGGUCCUCCGGGCCAGCUUUGAGGAGAGGCAGUCCUACGCCCACAUGAACGGGGGACGCAAGAACGAACGGGCCUUGCCUUUACCCCAGUCUUCAGCCUGCUGACCUUGAGAAAACAGGUUAUUGGGUUUUUUUUCUUUUGUUUUCGAUUUUUUUUUGUUUUUUGUUUGCAAAUGCAGAAAUAAUGCGGCUCGUGCAUCUGAAGGGGUUGAGCUGGGAGGAAGGAGAGAGAGAGAGAGCGCAAGCGAGAAAAUAACAAUAUAUUCAAAAGCCGACUGUACCUCAGUG